AUGUCGGUUCGCAGUAUCCUCAAAACGAUGGCAUCCGAGAUCAAGAGAGUUCCUAUCCCCCGCCGCGGGGUCGACUACAGGGGCAAGAUUGUCCUUGCGCCCAUGGUCCGCUCUGGCGAACUCCCCUCUCGCCUCCUAGCCCUGCACUACGGUGCCGACCUGGUCUGGGGACCCGAGACUGUCGAUAAAGCCAUGAUCGGCACCACGCGCCGAGUAAAUCCCGUCACGAAUACGAUCGACUGGACCAAGGUCCCCUCCUUUGGCCAGAAGAACCCUCCUAAAACGAAUCCCGAAGCUUUGAUGUUCAGCACCCUCCCUGAAAAAGAGGCCGGCAAGCUGAUAUUUCAAAUCGGAACGGCCGACCCUGAGCUUGCAGUUCAAGCGUCAAGGCUCGUUGCGGCGGAUGUGGCCGGUAUCGAUGUCAACGCCGGCUGCCCCAAGCCCUUCAGCAUCAGCGGCGGCAUGGGCGCGGCCUUGCUGAAGACUCCGGACAAGCUUUGCGCCAUUCUGGAAGCUCUUGUCACGAACAUCAUGCCCGAGUUUGAAAUUGGCAUCAGCGUCAAGAUCCGUCUGCUGUCCACCCCCGAGGAGACAGAAGCUCUGGUACGGAGACUAUGCGCCACUGGCAUUACCGGCCUGACGAUUCACUGCCGAACGACUCCCAUGCGCCCCAGAGAACGCGCAAUCCGCAACGAUCUCCGCAUGGUCGCUGAAAUCUGCCAUGAGUUCGGUGUUGCCUGUAUCAUGAAUGGCGACGUUGAGGGCCGCGACCAUGCCGUGGACCUCAUUAAGGAGUACGGCGUCGACGGCGCCAUGAUCGCCACGUCUGCAGAGGCGAACUCGAGCUGCUUCCGUGCGGGCGUCGACGGAGGCGUAGCAUCGUGGGAAGAGGUCGCUGCAACGUACGUCAAGUAUGCCUUGGAGGUUGCCAACAAAUUCGGCAACACCAAGUAUUUGCUGUGCCAGAUCGUUCCCGGAAAGAGUGGCAUGUACCAGAAGAUGAACCAGUGCAAGACCUACACCCAAAUAUGCCGAGCGCUUGGUCUCGACGAUCUCAUGGAUCUUGCUCGACAAACAGACUGGGACAAGGGCAUCGAUCCAGAGGGCUCAGGCAAACCAGAAAAAGCUGAAAAGAAAGCCAACCCCAGUGCUAUGGCAGCUGGUGGUAACAUGAAGGCGAGCCGGGACAGCCAGACAUCCCGAAAGAUGUCUGAGCGAGGGGUCACUGCCGCUGCUGAGUCGAAAAAAGCGGCUGUCCCUUUGCAGACAUGA